AAAGCACUCUCUGCGCCAGAUACGAUGUGUUGAGCAAAAGAAAUGGCAGUUGAGUCUACCCCGCCAGACGGAUGCCUGAAAAAUGACAGGCACCGUUCAAAUGGAGCCUUGUUGCGACUCACCAACAGAAGUGGUUUGUCGGUCCAGAAGUCUCUAAGCAUCCUCACACGCAACAAAUCCGACCAUGGCACAUCAACAUCGACCAACUCAUUUGGCCCCUAUGGCCUUACUCUUCUGCACGAUCCGCCAGAACCCCUUAUUGAUGUGAUAUUUGUGCAUGGACUUCGAGGUGGCUCUGUCAAAACCUGGAGCAAAAACGACGACAGUCAGUACUUCUGGCCACAAGCCUGGCUGCCCCAAGAACCAGACUUGCAACAUGUUCGCAUCCAUACAUUUGGCUACAACAGCGAUUGGGCUGAGCGUAAAGAGAGUAUCUUGAAUGUACAUGACUUUGGAAAGGAUUUGCUGGGAGAAAUAAGGACAAACCCGUAUCUGAGAGCUUCGAAAGUAUCGCCUAUCAUACUCAUUGGGCACAGUAUGGGGGGCCUGGUUAUCAAAAAGACUUACAUCCUCGCCCGUAGAGAUAGCGCGACUCAGGAUCUUGCAGCCCGCAUCCAAUGCCUCAUAUUCCUUGCGACACCACACCGAGGUGCUAGUCUAGCAUCUGCACUGGGCAACAUGCUUCGAGCUGCAGGCAUGUUCAGUGUAAAACCCUUUCUCUCGGACCUCGAGAAGAAUUCGCCAGGGCUCGACAUGAUAAACGAUGACUUCAGACACUAUGCAGACGAGGUUCGUCUCUUGUCUUUCUACGAAACGCUAAGACUCAAUCUGGGUGUUCAAUCUGCAUUGAUCGUUGAAAAAGACUCCGCGUCGAUUGGUUUGAAACACGAGCGCAUACAACCGCUCAACGCCGACCACCGUACGGUUUGCAAGUUCAGCAGCACGCACGAUCCGAACUACAUCAAGGUCAAAAACGCCCUCGCUAGUAUCGUUGAGGACAUAUUGGGCGACACGUUGGUGAGGCAAGGUGAUGAGGAACAGUUCCAAAUCUCGACUUUACAGACUUACCUUGGCGUAACGGACAAGCCUACAGAUGAACUCAACAAUGAACAAGAUAGCCAGACUAGAGGUUCUUGCUCCUGGAUCGAGAAGCGAAGUGGCUUCCAAUCAUGGGUAGAGAUAUCUACGCCUGCAGUUCCACUAUAUUGGAUCCACGCACAACCAGGAACGGGCAAGACCGUCCUGGCUGGGCAUGUCAUCACGCACCUUCAGACUAUCGGCCACGAUUGCAGCUACUACUUCUUUAAGCACGGACAGGAGGGAAUGAACACUUUGAGCGCAAUGUUACGAUCGUUCGCUUUCCAGAUGGCUGUCAUGCACCCAUUAGUCCGACAAGAGCUGCUAAACCUGCACCAGCGCAGCGCUGCCUUUGACAAAGACGACGAAAGAGUUGUUUGGAGGACGUUAUUUACGGGAGCGCUUCUCAAAGUCAUGCUUGGAAGACCCCAGUAUUGGGUCAUUGACGCACUUGAUGAAUGUGUUGACCCUUUGAAUCUGUUUCCUUUCCUUUCUCGGUUAGAGAGCCAAUACAUCAUUCAAGUCUUCAUCACAAGUAGGCCGUGGCCUGAGUUUGAGCGACACUUUUCACGGCUGGGUCGUCGAGUCUUGAUUGAUAGUAUCCCUGUGGAGAAUACCAUCAAGGACAUCAGAAUGUUUUUCGAUGAGAACGUUGACACUCUCCUUGUUGAAGAUGAAAUGGAUAGACUGCAUCUUGUGGAGAAGCUGGUCAAGAAAUCGACAGGUUGUUUCCUUUGGGCUCGCUUGGUCCUGCAAGAGCUCCAAUCUGUUUAUAGUGAAGAGCACAUUGAAGACGUCAUUGAUGAGCUGCCUACAGAGAUGGGCCCUUUUUACGAAAGGAUCCUGGAUGAGAUGUCCCGGAAUGUACGCGAAGCGCAGCUGACUAAAGCAUUGCUCGUUUGGGCAAUCUGUGCAGUACGUCCGCUACAAACCUCCGAGCUUAUCAACGCUAUCAAGAUUGAUAACGGUCUAAGCGUGCUGAAUAUGGAAAAAUCAAUUCAAGGUCUUUGUGGUCAACUUCUCCAUGUCGAUAAGAUCGGAUGCGUUCAAGUUAUGCACAUGACUACACGCACCUUUCUUACAGACGGAUCCCUCGAAUCAGAAUUCGCUGUCUCAAGAGUACAAGGAAAUCAGCGCCUCGCUCUCGCUUGUCUCGACUAUCUUUCUGGAGAGGAAAUGAGGCCUCCUCGCAACAGAGGAGGUCGUAAUAUCUUACAAAGAGUCAAAAGUCCAAUUGCAGACUAUGCUUGCGUCUCUUUUUCUGAGCAUUUAGUUACUGCCUCAUCAUCUGAUGACAUCCUUUUCCUUGCACUUGAGAAGUUUCUGAGAUCGAACGUUUUGACUUGGGUGGAGUACAUCGCAGAGACCAAAAAGAGCCUAUACCAUCUGAAAAGAACAGCCAAGAACUUGCACAGAUAUCUCAGUCGGAGGGCAAUGCAUACACCACCGCUUGGGGAGGCCCACCGCUACAUCAAUCAAUGGGUGUUGGACUUGGUACGACUUGCGGCCAAGUUUGGGCAGAAUCUUCUGGAUCGCCCGGAUUCAAUUCACAGUCUAAUUGCGCCCUUUUGUCCUCGGAAUUCUGCAAUCAAUCAGCAGUUCGCCCACUCUCACGGUGGCUUGACCGUCGUUGGUCUGGGCAAUGAUGCUUGGGAAGAUUCCAUAUCUUGCAUUGACUUUCGAAAUAACCGAGCAAUGUCUGUUGCUGCAGGCGAUAACACGUUUGCCAUUGGCACAAAGUCUGGACAGAUCUUGUUGUAUUGGCAGACAACUUGUCAGCAAAGGAUGUCCUUGUGGCAUGAGGAAUCCGCAAAGGUUUUGCGUUUUGACAACAGUCAUCGACUUGCUUGUGCUGGACCCCAUAAGAUCUGUCUUUGGAAUCUUGACAGUCACGCUCUGUUGUGGACAUAUGAUACCAAAGACUCACCAGUUCUGCUUCAAUUCUCGCCUAACGACAAGUUUCUCCUCGCGGUGACAAGGAGUAGUCAUGCUAUCACAAUAGACUGCAAACACGGGACCAUUCUUCGAGAUCAAUCCUUUCAUAGCCGGCAGGCGCCAUUGGACGUGGCCAUUUCCCCUGACUGCAAGAUGGUCGCCUUUGCUUACCGUGGUAAAGCCGUACUCUUAUGGAGUUUGGACGACGAUCAAUUAUUAGGAGCAUGCGGUGGCGAGCCAGGAUCAUCAGCAAUGAUCAGUAAUCUAUCCCCCCAGCAGGUUCUCUUCAACUCCAAUCCUGCUGUUGAGUUGAUGGUAGUAACGUUUCAAAACGGGAACAUGAUACUCUAUGAGACUUGGAACCAACGGGCCUUGAAGGCUGUCCAACAGGACAUCCAUUACCUAGCUUGCUCGCCAGACGGACGUAAACUUGCUACUGGUUCAAGCUGGGGUAUAAUCGGACUGUGGGACUUUGAGACCUUGACGCUGCUGUACCAGAUCAAUACUCGCGAAACCUUGGGCAAGGCUUUAUCAUUCACUGCGUGUGGUACUCGCAUUGUUGAACUAAGGGAUCGCAAAACGAAGGUAUGGGAGCCUGAUGUUCUCAUUCGCAAAGCAAGUGAGGAGGAUUCAAGCAUAGGUGGGUCGGUGGCUAUGCCUGCGCUGAUUAUUGGUGAGGGGGAACAAGAUAUCAUACCUAUUACCUCCGUUUCUGUUCAUCCGACACUAGAGAUCGUUCUUGUAGGCAAGGAUGAUGGCACGAUGAACAUCUACUCUGGCUAUUCAGGAGAGUGGCAGGCUGUUCUCUAUAGCCAUAGGCAAGACGUAUUCGUAAGGAAAAUUGUGGUAAGCGCUGGCAAUGUGGUUGUGUCAGAGGAUGCCAGUAACACAGCCAUGGCGUACGAUAUGAAUUUCGAACAGCCUGCAACCUUGACCGUAUUGAGACAACUCCUCAACCAUCGGUUUGACGAACCUGUUCAGCAGCUCUUGUUAAAUAGCAAGGGAGACAGGCUUCUUGUUUCUACCGCCACCUACGAUUACUUUUGGAGCCGAGCUGAAGAUGAGAGGUUCAAGCAAGAAAAGGUCCUCGAGACUCCAUCUCGUUCUAUCUGGAAAUGGGUGUCGUCGGCCAGAGUACCAGGAACAUUGGUCUUGGUCGUCGAUCAGACCAUCCGGUCGUUCAGUUGGGACAAGAUGGAAGAAAUGAACACAACAAGUCCGACCCAAAGGAUCAGUCUCGGUCCAGCAGACCUAAGUGGAUCCGACCUCACACUCAAGGCCCUUGUCACAGAUGUCUCUGGUACCAAUCUCAUAGCAGAAAUUGCACACAAACUCGGUUCGAAAGCUACUGAACGCUUCGCCAUCUGGCGAGCUGAUGACAUCGAAUCACAGAACAAAGGUGCAAGUACAGAACCCACUCUACUACUUUCGUCGCAAGAGAUCAAACAUUUCCUUGGUAUGUUCGGGCACAAGGUCGUGUUCUUGGAUCACCAUCUCUGGGUCUGCUCGAUAGAUCUCACGAGUCUGCGACCGGAACACAAAGGCACGUACGAAGGGACGGUGAAAAAGCAUUUCUUCGUUCCGUUGGAGUUUGUAGGCGGCAACGAAGGUAACACAGGCUUAGUAACACAAAAAGGUUGUGUUGUGUUCCCUAAAGAGGGAGAGAUUGCGGUAGUAAGAGAUGGAUUGAAAUAGACAAUAUAGAGGUUUAGACAACCUUUAGUUGUAUAAAGGCGGUAUGUAGUAGUACACAUAUUUAAGUAAACAGGACAGACAAUUAGUAGAAGUAUAACAGUAAGCAGUUCCUAUUUCUUCUUACUCUUUUGCUUGCCGCUACCUAUUGUUUUUACUAUUACUACUGCAGUAGCUAUAGCCUCUAUGUUAUUUCU